AUGGAUUCUCUUAUUUUCACCUGCUCCAAUAAUUCGUGUAAAUUCUACAGUAAACCACAUGUUCAUUGUAUAAAAUCACGGUGAGACUGAAGAUUUAAGAAGGUAAAAUUAUCUGAAGUUUCAGAUGUCAUUUUGCAAGCGAUGAUGCUUUAAUCAUAUCUAAUCACCUCACAAUUUUUCACUCAAAAAAAUCUGAAAUUCCCGAAAAUCUUCAUUUUUAUCACAUUGACUCGGCUUGUAAAAAAUGUCAAUUUUCCAAUCAAAAAUCACAUUGGCAUUGUUUGACCUGUGAAAAACAAUUCGAAAAUAUAGCGUCACAUUUUUGCACUUCUCAAAGAAUUGAGAAAAUUCCAAAUGUUGAUGUAAGUUUUUUCAAGUUUUUUUCAAAAAAGGCUCAUUUUUUCCUAUUCCAGUUUUGCUCUCGACCAUUUUGCAAACUCAAGAAAAAGACUCAUUUUCAUUGUAAACAAUGUGAUCAAGGAUUUUCGAAUAGUUCAAAACUUGCUAAUCAUUCUCAUCGAAAUACAGGUUCGAAAAUCAAUUCAGCAAAAAUGAAAGGAAUAAAAGAGGAGAAAAAAGAUCCAUUUGUCUUGAGAAAUCCGAUUCGAUUCACUUUGGAAGAUCAUUUAAGUUCUGUUGAUGCAUUGAAAUUAGAAAAAUAG